UUGCAUUGGCAAUCACUCCCCUUUCCUCAUCGCAUUCCCAAACCCCUCCGAGCUCUCUUUUCCACCGCCGCUUCUGCUCGUCGCCGGAUUACGAUUAGCCCGAACCCUCUGCUGCCGCUGCUUGCGUGAUGGCGUCGGCAGCGGAGGAGAAGCAUAAGAAUCAGGAGGCGGAGACGGGGUCGGUGAUUGGGGGCAGAGGUCUGGACGUGAGGAAGGACGGGGUGGCGAGGGAGGUGGUGCGGAUGGAGAGGGAGGCGGUGAUCCCCAUCAUCAAGCCCAAACUAGUAAUGAAGCUCGCCGACCUCAUCGAGCAUGAGGUGGAUCGCAAUGAGUUCCUAAAGCUGUGCAAGAAGGUGGAGUACACCAUCAGGGCUUGGUAUCUCCUCCAGUUCGAUGAUUUAAUGCAACUGUACUCACUAUUUGACCCUGUUAAUGGUGAGAAGAGGCUGGAACAGCAGAAUCUGACACCCGAGGAGAUCGAUACUCUUGAAUUCAAUUUCAUGACAUAUCUUUUCCAGAUAAUGGAAAAGAGCAACUUCAAGUUGUUAUCUGAUGAAGAGUAUGAUGUUGCACAGUCUGGAAAAUAUCUUUUGAACCUCCCCAUCAAAGUUGAUGAAUCUAAGCUGGACAAGAAGUUGUUGACAACAUACUUUAAAGAACACCCACAUGAUAAUCUGCCUACAUUUGCUGAUAAGUAUAUUAUCUUCCGUCGUGGCAUUGGGUUCGACCGUACAACUGAUUACUUUGUCAUGGAGAAAGUGGAUGUACUCAUAUCCCGAGUUUGGAGAUUAUUGCAAAGGGUUACCAGGAUUGAUAGGUUGUUCUCUAAGAAACCACAGUCGAAGUCAAGAAACGACAUCAAAAAGACCGACGAAAUUAUUGAAGACACAGAAGAACAAGAGCUAUUUGUCGAACGCAUUCGGCUAGAAAAAAUUGAGCUAAGCAUAAAAAACCUGAUGAGUAAGAUGACAAUUCAAGAACCUACAUUUGAUAGGAUGAUUGUAGUGUACAGGCAGGCUGGCAUGAAGGCUAAGCCUAGUCGUGGAAUAUUUGUAAAGCAUUUCAAAAAUAUUCCAAUGGCUGAUAUGGAAAUUGUUCUGCCAGAGAAGAAGAAUCCCACUUUAACACCAAUGGAUUGGGUCAAGUUUCUUAUUUCUGCUGUUAUAGGUUUGGUCACUCUUGUUGGUUCUCUUGAAAUGCCGAAGGCUGAUGUAUGGGUUGUCAUUGCAAUCAUGUCUGGGGUGAUUGGCUAUUGUGCUAAGAUCUACUUCACGUUUCAGCAAAAUAUGACACUAUAUCAGAAUUUGAUUACAAAAUCAAUGUAUGACAAACAACUUGAUAGUGGGAAAGGAACACUUCUACACUUAUGUGAUGAUGUGAUACAGCAAGAAGUUAAGGAGGUCAUAAUUUCUUACUAUAUUUUAAUGGAGCAAGGGAAGGCAACUAUACAAGAUCUUGAUUUGCAUUGUGAGGAGCUAAUUAAAGAGGAGUUUGGCGCCGAGUGCAAUUUUGAUGUUCACGAUGCUGUAAAGAAGUUAGAGAAGCUUGGCAUCGUUCAUCGGGAUUCGAUUGGUAGAAUCUUAUGUGCUCCAUUGAAGCGUGCCAACGAAAUCAUAGGCACCACUACUGAAGAAAUGGUGACGCGAGCACAACAGAGCCCUGCUUCUUAACUGUCACCUCAAAUGAAAUGUAUUUCUCUGUAUAAAAGCACAAGCCAGAACUGAGAAGGCCAAAUCGACAUUCAGUCGUUCACCAUGUGUGGUACGAAAUCAGGAUGCACAUAUCCAACCCAACAAAAGUUCCAAAUAUUUCGACACUCCAAACCAAAUUGUAUGGUCUAGGCGUGUUCACAUAUGCAGGAGAAACUGGAGGUGUAGAUUGCUGCAUGCACCUUGCGUGGUUUAUGUAACAUCCCAAAUGUGACAACUCUAUAUAUUGUUAUCAGUUUGUCUAAUUCACAUUUAGAUGUUUUUUAA